CUCGCAAAUUCCCUGACUCAUAGAAUCUCUUUGGGGAGGGUUCAUUCCGAUUCAAAAUUUCUAACUCAACAGCAAUUUAUCAAACGCACAUGGAGAUUCAAUCUGUAAGUUUAGUUUAGGGUUUUAUCUUCAUUAAUUACGCUUUCAUUUUUUUUUGUUGGAAUUUCAAGGGUUUUUGCUUUGCUUGAGAACCCUAAUUCUGUUGGGCACAAAAUUAUAUUAGGAUACCAACACCAAUUAGUAAUAAAUUUUAAUAAUUCUACUUACCUUAGGAGUUUUGUUUCUGUAGGAAAUAAGUUAAUGAUUUCAGUAUUUGCUUAGAACUAGGAAAUUUUAGGACGUUCUGUAAACACUCACCUGUUUAUUCUCCUGUUUAUGCAUUCAAUUUCUAUCGCUACAAUUAAGCUUUGCUUACUUGAGGUGUCUCAUCUUCAAUCAACUGUUAAGUGUCUGUUAGUAUUAGGAAUCCUAUCAAUGACUUCGUCAUCACAAACUCAAUUAUCAAUGACUUCGUCAUCACAAACUCAAUCAUCCGGAACCGCAUCUGCAUCUACCACCACUACCCUCGCAGCAGCAGCACCUGCGGGCGAUGGUGGUUCUUCAUUGCCUGGUUCAACAUGUGCAGCGCCCGCUGCGUCUAAUACCUCACCAGCAUUCUCUAUGCCCUUGUUUGGAGCUCCUACUGCUGCUGUUGCACUGUCAACUACUGUUACUGCUUUGUUACUGCUGUUGGUCAUUUUUCUAGCAUGUUUCCUUCAACUGCAGCCUCUUCUUCUUCUACGUCACCCUUUAGCACAACUAUGGCAUCUGCAUUUCCAUUUGGAACUGGUUCAGCACUGUCAAAUACCACUGCUAGCUUUACACAGACGGCUGGGACUGCAUCAACCUCUUCGUCAACAACCACCUCAUCCACUUUUUCCUUUGGAACUCCAUCCUCUUCUCCAUAUGUAUUUGGAGGAGCUAGUGACCCACUCUCUAGCCCCGCACUCACAAAGCGAGGGGCUACUGGUUUUGCAUCAACAGUCACCACCAGGGGUCCAGUUCCGCCAGAAAGUACAGCCCCUGCUACACCUUCUAGUACUAUUAAAAGUGCUGUAACGACUGGCCUAAUCUUUAGCCCUGCACCUAGAAAGCCCUUGUUCUCAGGUAUUGGAGAAGCUACUGGUUUCACAUCAACAGUCACCACCACGACACCCGCUUCCCCUGCUCCUGGUCUCUUUUCUUUGCAAGCUGCUUCCUCUGCUGGUUCCCAACCAUCUAUUACUACUUCUAAACAAGAACCAGAACCUGUGGUCCUUAAAGUUGCCAACUCAAAAUUUUAUGACUUCGACAGGGAUAAGACUGAAGAAUGCUUCACAGCUGAUCAGAUAUGGGCCGUUUAUGACUAUUUAGAUCUUAUUCCCAGAGGUUAUGCUCGGAUCAAUAAAGUAUAUUCACCUUUCAAGGUGGAUAUUACAUGGUUGGAGUUUUUUGCUAGGGAUAUCAAUGAGACUGCUUGGAAGAGAAGUGUGUUACCUGUUGCUUGUGGGAAGUUCAUACACAGCGCGACUGCUACAACUGAAAAUAUAUGUGCAUUCUCGCAUAAGAUUUUCUGGACAAGAAGGGUUAAUAAGAUUUACAACAUCUACCCCCAGAAAGGGGAAACUUGGGCCCUCUACAAGAACUGGAACAUUAAAUGGAGCUCUGAUGCUGGCAACCACAGAGAGUACGAAUAUGAAUUUGUCGUAGUCCUGUCAUAUUACACUAAGAUAUCAGGCAUUUUGGUUGACCCUUUGGUUAACUUAAAAGGUUUUGUAUGCCUGUUUAAGCCAGCCGAAAACAAUGGCAUGGUUUCCUUUCAGAUACCAUCCAAUGAAAUGUUAAGAUUCUCUCACAGGGUUCCUUCAUACAGAACAAACGGUAAAGAACAAAAAGACGUCCCUGAAGGUUGUUUUGAACUUGAUACUUGUUCCCUUCCCACUAACCUUCAGGAAGUGUCUGGGGUCAUCGAUACGGAGGAUAAACCUGUUGAUUGUAAUAUUAAUGGUUUGCUAAAAUCUGUAUCCAGAGAGAAUCCCAGGCCGAAGAAGAGAAAAAAUCCUGAUGCAGAGAGUUCCUUGGAUGAGAGCUUCGCAGGUGGAAAUAAGUCUUCUAGAAUAUCAAAGAGAUGCUAUAGAACAAACGGUAAAAAACGAAAAGACGUCUCUGAAGGUUGUUUUGAACUUGAUACUUGUUUCCUGCCCACUAACCUUGAAGAAGUGUCUGGGGUCAUCGAUACAGAGGAUGAAACUGUUGAUUGUAAUGUUAAUGGUUCGUUAAAAUCUGUAUCUAGAGAGAAUCCUGUGCCGAAGAAGAGAAAAAAUCCUGAUGCAGAGAGUUCCUUGGGUGGCAGUUCCGCAGGUGGAAAUAAGUCUUCUAGAAUAUCAAACGGAUGCUAUAAGAACUCAAACGAAGAAAAGCGGGCAGCAGAAGCUUUUGGCCCACCUCUGGAUAAGAGCAAGGCUACCGAUGUUUCAGACGGCAAAAAGAAAUGCUAUUGCUCACACCAAGGAAAUGAGUCCAGAUGGUGUGAAUACCAUAUGUGGCAGUGUGGGCGAGGACAUCCCCUCUUCGCCUUCUUCUUCAAAGAUUUUUGAAACGCCAGUACCGAGAUUCUGCAACUUUGGCGAAGAGAGAUCCUGUGAAAAGUUUAAGACUGGCCAGAUAUGGGCUCUGUAUUCUAAAUUAGAUAAGUUUCCCAGAAAGUAUGCUCAGAUAGAGAGUGUUGAGUCCUGUUUUUAAACUUGCUGUAAAGUUGCUUAAAUCUUGCGAUCCACCAAGAGGCAUUAUUCCAUGGGUUGACAAGGAAAUGCCAGUAAGCUGUGGAACAUUUAAGGGGAAGUGUGGGCACUAUACAGUAAAUUUCGCUUUGACUUGACGUGCUCGGACUUGAAGAAAUGUGAGUACAACAUUGUUGAGGUUAUAGAGGUGGUUGAUGUUCACUGGAUAAUUGUUUCGGUUUUGCAAAGAGUUACUGGUUUGAUGACAGUGUUCAAAGCAAAAGAUGAGGGACUUGACUCUGUUGCUGCUGUACCGUGGAUUGAAUUGUAUAGAUUCUCUCAUCAAGUUCCUACUUUCAUGUUGUCAGGCGCAAGGUAUGGCAAGUUGCGUGGCUGCUGGGAGCUCGAUCCUAGAUCAUUGGCAGUUUAUUGAUAUUCGGCGAACUAAAGGGGAGCAGCUACCAUCCAUGAUUACCAGUUGCGUGCAACCAGUUGCGGAUCUUUUGGAAGCAGGUUUUGUUUCUUAAUCUUUCUUAGCAGUUAUUGGCUUUAGAUAAUUUGGUGAAGUUAUUGUCUUGUUGCCAUGCAUCCUCUAAACCUAUAGAUAAUCUCUUUGUUCAAACCAUUUUUGAUCAACUUUUUGUUCAUCAACAAUAAAUUCAAAAAACUUGUCUGCCUCCAUUUUUGGAAGUGCCACAUCAGGGCAUCAAUCCAUUCCGUAAUUUCUGCAGAUCUUCCGUAAUUUGUGCAGAUCUCCUGUAACCUUGCUAAUCCCUCGUUUGACCCAGAAAAUCCAAUAAUUCAAAUCCCCCUUAAUUCUUCUGGAUUUCCAAAAUUCCUGCCAAAAUUAUAGGACUCGGAUUAUAUCUUCUGAAACUAAUUUUAGUACUUACCGAACCCUUAUAUCUUAUAAGCCAAAACCCUAAUCUCACAGCAACUAUUAUACACAUUACUGCAAUCCUAAAAUGAGAGUCAUGGCUUCCAGUUCUGCAAACCAGAAUAGCCUCACUGCUGAAGCAAAAUCAACCAGAUCAAGUCUUGCUGCUCGAAGACUUCAAAGGAACAUAGUUGGAUCUGUCAAGGCCAUUGAUGAAGCUCCUGACGAAUGGUCAAACAGUCUAGUGGGGAAAAUAUUUGCUAUAGAUAUGGUUGAAGUGAAGGAGGUGCAUGAUGAAAUCAACCUUCUUUGGGUAAGAUACAAGAUCAAAGAAAUCAAGGUCAUGGGACAUAACUUGUAUGUCUUUAAACUAGAAACUGGAAACGAUCAGAAGGAGAUUCUGAAAAAGAGUCCAUGGGCCAUCAUGGGGUACUUACUUUCUCUUCAGAAGUACAAUACAGAGGUACCUCCAGAGAAUCUGAGGUUCACUCAUCAGGAAUUUUGUCUGAAGUUCAGAAACUUGCAACCGGAACACCUUAAUGUGAAUGUCAUCGAUAAAUGUUUGGCUUCAUUGGGAAAGAAGAUAUCAACUAAUCCAAAAAACUGUAAUCCAAAGUCUGGAAAUACAGUCCAGGCUCAAAUCAAAAUGGAUCUUACAAAGCCACUAAGAAGGGGAGGAUGGUGGAGAACUGCUGCUGGAGGGGUAGUCUGGGUCAAAUACCACUGGCAAAUGCAGCCUCAUAAUCUAUGUGAUAAGUGCUUUGUCAUUGAUCAUUCGGAGGAAAAUUGUGCAGAUAUUGCUUACCAGUUACAAGUGUCUGGGGUCUUUGAAUUGGAAGCUGAAACUGUUGAUUGUAAUAUUAAAUGGUUCGUUAAAAUCUGUAUCCAAGGAGAAGCAUGGCACGCUGAGGAAGAGAAAAAAUCUUGAUGCAGAGAGUAUGUUUGAUGGAAGUUCCCCAGGUGCAAAUAAGUCUUCUAGUAUGUCAGACGGAUGUUAUAAGAACUCAAAUGAAGAAAAGCGGGCAGCAGAAGCUUCUGGUCAAUCUCUGCAUAGAAGUAAGGCAACUAGUGCUGCUCACACUGAGGAAAUGAGUCCAGAUGGUGUGAAUACCAUACAUGGCUGUGCGGACGAGAACAUCCCCUCUUCACCUUCUUCUUUGAAGACUUCUGAAAUGCCAGAGACGGAAUUCAACAACUUUGAAGAAGAGAGAUCCUGUGAAAAGUUUAAGGCUGGCCAGAUAUGGGCUCUAUAUAGCAAAUUGGAUAAGUUGCCUAAAAACUAUGCUCAGAUGGAGAGUUUUGAGUCACUUCCAGUUUUUAAACUUGCUGUCAAGUGGCUUAAAUCUUGUGCUCCACCAAGAGGCGUUAUUCCAUGGGUUGACAACAAAAUGCCAGUAAGCUGUGGAACAUUUAAGGUCACAUCUAGUGAAGUUGUUGUCUUUAACAAUUCCAGUUCUUUCUCUCAUCAGUUAAAUGAAGUACCAGCUGUUAAUAAUGUGUGUUGGAAAACUAUUAAUAAAAAAAUAAUUUUUUAAAGUUUUAAUAAAAAAAAAUUAUAAUUUAUUGUUUUA